AUGACAGCACUUUACACUCUUACACAACCCCAUCCGAUCCAUGCAUCACCGACACCACCCCCCGCCCCAACCGCCAUACCGACACUGGUCUACCGCGUUCAUCGCACUAGCUCACAGACCCGCUACGCCUUCUCCACCGGCUUCAGUUCCAAGAACCAAACCACCAUCGUCAACUACACAUCCGCACUAUCCCGUUUCGGUCUCGCCCACCUGAACCAACAAACCAACAUCUCUUCCCCCUUCAUCAGCGUGUACGACAACCUAGCCCAUGCAGAAGCCGUCGCCAAGCACUUCGGAGAGCGCUAUGGCGAGGACACCUGGGUUGUUACCGUAGAUCCCGCGCACUUUGCUAGAGGUCCAGUGUUUCGCGCUGCGGACCUGCUGAAGGAUGCCGCCGGUAGCAAAGAGGUAGCAGCGGAGUGGUUGCAUUAUGGUGAGUAUCUGGUCAUGUAUCGCAUCCCGCCGCAGGCGAUACGAGAUGAGACGCCUGUCUGUAGGGGCACGGCUCAGCGGAGGGCAGUGGGCGUGAUCGGUGGUGGAAAGUAA